UCACCACUAUACCUCUCAAUAUGGCUGCAAAUAAUCUGGAAAAUCAACCAUGGUAUCAUGGACUCAGACCACGGAAGGAUAUACUAAGUCUGCUCAAUCAACCUGGAGAUUGGCUUGUACGGACGACAGAUUCACGAGAGAUUCCGGAAAUAAUUAUUUCACUCAAAAACCAGAAACGACAACAUUCACAUUUGACACUCAAAUUUCAAAAUGGCAAAUGGGCACUCGGAGCUCUAGUCAAAAAGAAAAAUUGCCCGAAGUUUGACACAGUAGUAGAACUUGUUGAAUACUAUCAGAAACACGACCUUCCCGGUCAUUUGAGAAUGGUUAAACCCAUCUAUCGACCAAAAUGGCUAAUUAAGCAUGCUGCUUGCACAUUUGAUAUCCAUAAGGAUCUGAUUGGUAAAGGGAAUUUCUGUCAAGUAUAUAGAGGAAUGUAUGAAAGAGAGCCAAACGACAUAGUUCAAGUAGCAAUUAAGAUUUGUCAUGGAGCUUCCAUUGAAACAGUGACCGAAGAGUCCAAACAGGCAAGAGAAUCAAUGAUACACGAAGCGCAUCUUAUGAGUUUCUAUGUCCAUAAGAAUGUCAUACAGCUAUACGGAGUUGCUUGUGACCACUAUCCUGUAAUGAUUGUUAUGGAGUUCUGUCCUGGAGGUAACCUUCAAGAACAUCUACAAAAACAUAAGGGCAAAAUUGAGAUAAAUGAAUUGGUUGGAUACGCAUCAGAGACGGCUCGAGGAAUGCGGUACCUCCAUUCAAAAUCAUGCGUUCACCGGGAUCUUGCUGCGCGAAAUUGUUUGAUCUCGGAAGAUGGCAUAUUGAAGAUAUCUGAUUUUGGCUUAUCCAAGAUAGCUGAGGAGCUCGUGGGAGGAAAACAGGAAGAAGGUGAAGAACCACCUCUUGAACAGAUCCCGUUGCGCUGGAUGGCACCAGAAUGUUUAAAGCGCCCACAGCUGUGGUCACUCAAGAGCGAUGUUUGGAGUUACGGAGUGCUCUUGUAUGAAAUUUUCAACGAUGGCGAUAAACCUUGGCCGGAUGAUCCUCCAAAGCGAAUUGCUACACACAUUAGGAAGGGAAGGAUGCCAGAUUAUCCAGAAAAAACACCGAAACCUUUCAAAAAAUUGAUGGGAGAAAUAUGGACGUUGAAUCCUGAUCAACGUCCGACGAUGGAUGACAUAUAUAAGACCAUUAGAGCUCUUCGGAAACGCGAAUUUAGGAUAUUGCUACCUUCAAAAACACUUAUUAAACAGCUCUGCAGCACAACUAGAAGCAAAACAGAAACAUAUGUUGAGGAUUCGGAUGAAACUAACAUGAGCAGAAGCAGAGAAAAAUCUGUGAUGCAGUAA